UUCAUACAACUGUUUCCCAUUAUCAUAAUCUACAGUAGUUUUAAGGCUUUGUAUUGACCAAUUUAUCGAUUACAUCUUGCAUCCUUCACAAAUUACAAUCUACUAUUAUCUUUCUCAAAACCCACAGUUAUGGCUGAUUUUGGAAUCUCCAUUGUUGAAAAGCUCAUAGAGGUGAUUGGGAGCGAGCUCAUCAGACAUAUUUGUUACCGUUGGGGCUACAAAUCUGAGCUUGAAAAACUUGAAAAAACCAUCAUAAUCAUCAAGGCUUUGCUCGUUGACGCUGAGGCUAAGCGCAACCUUUCAAUGGCACAACAGGGCUAUAUAUCCGACCUCAAGGCUGCUGUUUACGAUGCUGAUGACUUGUUCGAUGAGCUCUUCACUCUGGCUAAGCUCAAUGAGAUCGAUGGCGACAGGGGUGGUAAGUUCUUCGAAAAGGUACGUGCCUUCUUUUCUUCAAAGAAAGACAAGGUUAGUCGAGCUAAACAGAUGUCUCGUAGAGUUAAGGAAAUUAGGAAGCAAUUGGAUACUAUUGCUGACGAUCACAAUAAAUUUGGGCUUAUUAACUGUACCCCUAUUGUUAGGAGGCGGGAGGAAACUUGUUCUUAUGUUGAUGUAAAGGAUAUUAUUGGGAGGGAUUCUGAUAAGAAGGAAAUCUUAGAUGUGCUGUUAGAUCCUAGUGCUAGUGAUGAAUUUUGUUUCUUGACUAUUGUGGGAGUGGGUGGAUUGGGAAAAACGGCUCUUGCUCAACUUGUAUUUCAAGAUGAGAGCAUUCAAAAGGGGUUUUUGUCAUUAUGGGUAUGUGUUUCAGAUCAAGAUGGGGGACAAUUUGAUGUGAUGACAAUACUUUGUAAAAUUUUAGAAUUACUUAAUACUGAUGAGAAGCUAGAUGAUAGAUCCUCGUUUGAGUUAGUGCAAAGGAAGUUUCAAGAGCAAAUUAGUGGAAAAAAGUACUUUUUAGUUCUUGAUGAUAUAUGGAAUGAGGAUUAUGCAAAUUGGAAGGAAUUGGAGAAAUUCUUGAGGAUGGGUCUAGUGGGAAGCAGGAUUGUGGUAACCACUCGUUCAGAGAAGACAGCUAGUUGCAUAGGAAGUAAGCAUGUCCAUAAGUUAAACGGUUUGUCCGAGGAGGAUUCGUGGUAUUUAUUUGAGAUGAUAGCAUUUGAGGGAGUAAAAGAUCAAGAGUUGGUUAAGAUAGGGGAGAAUAUUGUAAAAAAAUGUUGUAACACUCCUCUUGCUAUAAAAGUUAUAGGAAGUCUUUUACGUGGUCAAUCAAGAAAUAAGUGGGAGUCAAUUAAAGAGAGUGAUUUGGGUGAAAUUAAGGAGGGUAGUGACCAAAUUUUGCAUACAUUGAAGCUUAGUUACUACAAUCUUACACCCUCGUUGAAGAGUUGUUUUAGUUACUGCGCAAUAUAUCCCAAGGAUCAUGUGAUGGAUAGGAAGAAGUUGAUUGACCUUUGGUUGGCACAGGGAUAUAUUGUACCGUUAGAUGGGGGUCAAAGUUUAGAAGUUGCUGCGGAGGAAUAUUUUUUAAUUUUGUUGCGAAGGUGUUUUUUUCAGGAUGUGGUGAAGAACAAGUUUGGUGAUAUUGAGUCUGUUAAAAUGCAUGACUUAAUCCACGAUAUUGCUCAAGAAGUGAGCAAAGACGAAAUUUGUGUUGUAAAUUCUAAAACAAAGAAUGUGGGAGAGAAGGUACGUCAUUUGAAUGAUGAUUGUAAAUAUGAAAAGCAUAUAAUGUGUUGUGCUAAGAUUCGUUCAUACAUUUCCAUUAAUAGAAUGGUUGAUAAAGAAGUAGAGAACAUGACUGCUUUAAGGAUAUUGCAUGUGUUGUCAGGUGUUCAAAGAUUGAUAUUAUCAUCUUUGCAUAAGUUUUUGCUUUUGAGAUAUGUUUAUUUACAUGAUGAUGAUGAGGAUGAAGGAUUGUUAGCACUACCUGAUUCCUUUACAAGACUAUAUAAUCUACAAACAUUAAUUUUAGAAUGUAAACGAUUAGAGGAGUUGCCAAAAGAUUUUGGUAAUUUGAUUAACCUUAGGCAUUUGGACAUAAGCAAAUGUCGUCACUUGAUAGGUAUGCCUUUAGGUAUUGAUAAAUGUACAAAUCUUAGAACUUUACCAUAUUUUGUGGCGGGCAAUGGGAAUUCAUAUGCAAAACUCAAAGUGUUACAAGUUCUCAAUAAGAUCAAAGGAAGCAUCCGUAUCAUAAUAAGAGAAAAUUAUGAACAUGUGGAUGAAGUGAGUGAUACAGAAGGAGGUUAUUUGAAAGACACGAAACAUCUCACUAAUGAGCUUAUUAUUAAAUUUGGAGGUGAAUGUGUUAAUCCUGAAGGCCUCAUGAAAAACUUGCAACCACCUUCCCCUCUCAAGAGUAUAAAGUUGGACAGCUACAAUGGUAAAGCAAUACAAUGGUUUGCAAUCUCUCCCCUACAUCAUCUUAGCCACAUUGAGAUCACAUGGUGUGAUAAGUUGGAGCAAAUACCUGUGCUUAGUAAACUGCUCCAUCUGAAAUCAUUGACACUUUCUCACUUAUAUAGUGUAGAGUAUAUGGAGGAAGGAAUAAGCAAUAGCAACGAUGAUACAAAAGAAGUGGUUGAUUUCUUUCCUUCUCUUGAAUUUCUAGAAAUUUAUCGAAUGAAAGAGUUGAAAGGAUGGUGGAAGGAGGGAGGUAUGAGAUUGAGAUUUCCCCGCCUCUUUUGUUUAUAUAUGAUAAGUUGUCAUAACUUCACAUCAUUUGUUCCUUAUUUAAGCCCUGAAAAUUUUCCAGAGCACCAAUUCCCCACUUUAUGUACGUUGCGGAUUGAAGAUUGCCCUAAAUUGGCUUCAAAUUUCGUUUGCCCUAGCUUGAAAAAGUUGGAAUUAGAAAAUAUCAAUGAAAGGUUGCUAAUAACUUGUGAGAAUUAUCAAGUUGAUGUGAUCACCAAACCUAGGGAUGUUUGUAUAAGCCACAAGGUGAGUCAUCUCAAAUCACUACGCUUAAAUGGUAUUACUACACUUGCCCUAGAUCGCUGUAUCGAUUCAGAGGUGGAGAGCUUUGUAGAAUUCAAGGAGGAAUUAAAUCAGAGUUGUGCUUCUUCCCUCCAAACACUUGAAAUUCAAGGUUGUUACAAUCUGAGAAGACUUUCAGGGUUGGAGUCCCUUACAGCCUUGCAGGAGCUGUCAUUGAUUUCCAAUCGCAAUUUGAGAAUCAAUGAAGAUGACGAAGAGCCUUGGAAAUCCUUUCAUUCCCUUCAUGAACUCAAAUUUAGUGAUCUCUCAGAAAUGAAAAGUCUGCCUAAAGGGAUGCAACACUUGACCUCCCUCCAAACACUUACAAUUCUACGUUGUGACAAUCUGAGGAGACUUUCAGGGUUGGAGUCCCUUAUAGCCUUGCAGAAGCUAUCAUUGUAUUACAAUCACAAUUUGUGCAUCAAUGAAGAUGACGAAGAGCCUUGGAAAUCCUUUCAUUCCCUUUGUGAACUCACAUUUAAUUGUCUCUCAGAAAUGAAAAGUCUGCCUGAAGGGAUGCAACACUUGACCUCCCUCCAAUACCUCGAACUUUUUUUGUGUGGACUACAAGGGCUACCACAAUGGAUGAGUUGCUUAUCAUCUCUGCAAUCUCUAUAUAUAGAUGAUUGUCCAGGCAUCGAAUCAUUUCCAGAAGCAAUGAAGGACCUCACCUCCCUCAACAGCCUUACAAUACAAGCUUGUCCAUAUCUAAUAAAAAUAUGCGAAAAUUCCGACGGAAAGGAAUUCCAGAAAAUCAAACACAUCAAAAAUCUCAAUUUCAGCUCUUUAUAGCUGAAUUUUUGAAGCUUCAAAGUAGGAGUUGCUGAGUCAAAUGGGUUUGUUUUUGAACGAUGAAAAAGAGUCCCAUAAAUGGUAAAGAAUAUAGAUUAUUGUCAUCAAGAAAAUUGCUACAGCUGAAAUUGUUAUGGCAAAAAGAACAACCUUAGAUCUUAUUCUUUGACUGAUUUUUUGAUCUGGGUAAGACAUUAUUACAUGAAAAGAUUCAAUCUUUCCUGUUUUUCUCCCUUCUUAAACUCAUAUGUGCUAAUUUAUAUUGCAUCAAAGAAGAAAUAAUGGAAAAGUGGUAAUCUUUAUGGUCUAAAGAACACCAAAAAAGCAAGAAUGCAUCAAUGGAGAGAAAUAGGUUUAGAAGGCAUAUAUACAUGAAAAGUUUCAACCUUUCUUGUUUUUCUCCCUUCUUAAACCCAUAUGUGAAUAUUUUUGUAGCAUUAAAGAAGAAAAUCAGAAAAAAUGGAAGAAAAGUACUAAUCUUGAUGGUUUGAAGAACACCAAAAAAGGGUAUUGAAGCUCUGAGAUUUUGACCAAAAAAGCAAGAAUGCAUCAAUGGAGUACAAGUAAACAGGAAUAUGCAGAAUGUGUUCUGUGUAAAAAAAAUACAAAAAAAAUAAAACCGUGGACCAGAUCAGACCAGACCGUUCUAGAACGGUCUGGUGUCUUGAUUGGUCUGGUCUGGUCUGAAAAAUUUUCAGACCGGAAUUUCUGGUCUGGUCUGAUUUUUCUGUCAAACAAGACCAGACCGUGUGCAGCCCUAAUUGUUGCAGCUAGUUAUAUUAAUAUGUUAAUUUUAUAAUUUCUCUCAUUUUAGUAUUAGAACAAUUUUUAAAAGGUCUUAAUUACAUAACCGAAAAAGUAGAUAAUAUUAAAACAAUGUGAAUGAUUGAUUUUAAUUAUUAGUUUAAUGUAUUUUAUCUCAUUUCAGUUUAAAAGAACAAUUUUUGUCAUUUCUAAAAAUUGUAUAAUUUCUGUAAGUUUCUAAAUUGCAAAAUUGAUUGUAAUAGACUGAUAGUUAAUUUUCUUAUUUUAAAAUAAUCACAAUAUUAUUGGAAUAUCUGCAAAUUAUUAUCACUACUAAUAUUUGUAUACCU